CGAACCUGCGGGGCGAGUCCGCGGCGGAGUAACCGGCAGGGCCGGCCCUCGGGCGGGGCGCAGACGGAGACUGCAGGCGGGCAGUCGGGGCAGUGGCGGCGGCGGGCUGACGGCAGCGCCAUGGUGCUGAGCGUCAGCGUGAAGCGGGUUAGCCACCUGCCGGGCAGCGGCGACAGACAGGUCCAGCUCAGCUUCCGAGGCUCCACUCAGAAGACCAAGAAGGUUCGCUGCACCCAGGGCCAGGAUGCUGUCUUCGGUGAGCUCUUUCGCUGGCCACAUUAUGGAAAGCUUAUUAUGGAAGAGAUGCUGAUAGUUAAAGUUUACAACUGCAGUAAAGUUUUCAGUAACAGACUCCUUGGUACCUUAAUCAUCAGCCUUCAGCAUCUUGUGACAUCUGGACGACUGAUCCUUAGAGAAGCCCUUGUUGACAAGAACCAUAGCAUAACUGGAAUCUAUAUUGAGUUAGAUCUGCGAUACCAACCUCCUGAUGGCUCUGCAGGUACCUGGGUUGAAGAGGAUUUUGUCUCUCAGAUAAAAGACAGUUCAGAAUUAAUUAUCCGUAAUGCUGGAUUUGAGGAUCUGGAGUUAGUGGAUGUGCAGCGAACUACUGAGCUGGAUAAGAAGGCCAGAAUUCUUGGCAGGAAGUUGGUGAAAGGCCUGGAAACUGAUGAUGAAGAGGAGGACUACUAUGAUAUGUCUGACUUGGAAUUCUCAGGCAUUGUCUUCAGCCCCGUGAAGAGCCGCUCCCGACUCCUUUCCCGGUGGGACCUGUUUGCCACUCCUACACCACAAUACUUCCAGGUUGCGAUUAAUAUUAUUGAAGCCCAGAAGCUUGUAGGGGUAAACAUUGAUCCUUUUGUGGUAGUAAGAGUUGGAGAAGAGAAGAGGCACACAACAACACAGAAGUCAACUAACUGCCCCUUUUAUAAUGAGUAUUUUCAGUUUGAAUUCCAUGAACCCAGGGAAGUGCUGUUCCACAGACUCAUUGAGAUUGCAGUUUUUCAUUCAAAGAAGAUCCCAUUCCUGGGGACACGCAUAGGAACAUUCAAAAUCGACAUAGCAACUGUGUAUAGCCAGCCAGAUCACAGGUUCUUUCAAAAGUGGGCUGUUAUCAAUGACCCAAAGGACACCAGGGCAGGUGUGAAAGGUUUUGUGAAGUGUAAUAUUUCUGUCAUUGCACGAGGGGAUGUAUUAGGCUCCCUACCCACUUCCUCCAGCAGCCAGAAUGAGGACAUUGAAAAGAAUCUGCUGCUGCCUAAGAGAGUCCCUGCUGAGAGACCUUGGGCUAAAAUCUGCAUCAAGAUUUAUAGAGCUGAGGGCCUGCCCAGCAUGAGUGCUGGGAUCAUGGGCGGUUUUUCCAAGAUUAUGGGUGAGAAGAAAGUGUUCAUUGAUCCAUAUGUGCAGAUCUCAUUCGCUGGACAACAGGGAGAGACAUCAGUGGAAAGUGACACCACAGAACCCAAAUGGAAUGAACAGAUUAGCUUCAUUGAGAUGUUCCCUCCUCUUACCAGGAAAAUAAAAGUUCAAGUGUUAGAUGAUGCAAAUGUCGGGGAAGUGGCUCUUGCUACGCACUUCAUUGACUUACAGCAAAUAUCUGAUCCAGGCAGGAAUGGCUUUAACCCCACCUUUGGCCCGGCCUGGGUGAACCUGUAUGGCUCUCCGCAGAAUUCAGCUUUUCGGGAUAUACACAAGGACCUCAAUGAGGGUCUGGGAGAAGGCAUAUUCUACCGUGGGCGUAUCCUCAUGGCUGUUUCAGUGGAGAUUUUUAGCAAUCCUGGUACUGCAGACAGAAAGCAUGAGGAGGGGGUAAAGCAUGCUCUGAGCAAACUGAAGCUGAAGAAGAAGAGUAAAAAGUCCAAGCAGAAAUCCAAGACUAGCAUCAAAGAGCAGAGCCAGAGGCAAGGAGGAGAAGAGGCUGUUGGCCUUGAGGAGGCUGAGCAGCCCAGUGAGGUCACUGUGGAGGUGGAAGAGCUCCAUCCACUUCCAGAGAAUGCACUGGGAACAAAGGAAGAAUUCCUCCUCUUUGCUACUUUCUUUGAGGUGACUAUGAUAGACUCCUCCAUAAGCUCCAAGCCUGUCAGUUUUGAGGUAUCACUAGGGAACUAUGGAAAAACUGAAGAGAUUGUGACCAAAGUUCAUAAGAAAGGUGAGAAAGGAGAAGGGUCAGAAGAAAAACAACUUUUGUUGGAUCCCAGUUCAGAUGAUGAGCUGGACAUUGAAGUUAUAACUCCAGCUACAGGGUUACAAAAUAAGUCCAUGACUGCAAGUCAAAGACCAGAGCCCACAGAAUAUGACAGUUCGUACAGCUGCCUGCCCAUGAUGCAUGAGAAACAGUGUGUGUAUAUCUGGAGCAACUGGGAAGAUCACACUUGGAGAUUCUGCAAUUCCAACUGGAUUGUCAAGAUAGCAGAACGCCUGGAAAAUGGCCUGGAGGAUGUGGAAAACCUCAUGAGAAGGCCAAAGUCUAAAGCAGAGGAAAAAUUUCGGCAGGUACUAGAGGAGUUUGUAGCUGGGUGCAGACAGUAUUCACUAAAUGCAGAGAGAAAAACAAUGACACGUCCAAACAACCUCGACAGAUGUCGGAUGAAGUCCCUGACGCACAACAUUGUCCUCUGUGCGAAGCAGGGGCUCCGCCUGAGGAGACGGCUGACUCGAGCCAACAUCAAGGAGAAGGUGAAUGAAACAAAGAGAAUCCUUGCAAAGCUGCGCUUCUUGGCUAAAGAGCCCCAGUGUACUCUCCCUGAUGUCCUAAUCUGGAUGUUCAGCAAUAACAAGCGUGUGGCAUAUGCAAGAAUAUCGGCACAGAAUGUCCUCUACUCUGUGGUGGAAGAAGAGAAAGGCAAGGACUGUGCUAAGAUCCAGACUGUUUUUUUAAAGGUUCCAGGUUCAAGCACUGGAGAGAUUUUUGCCAAACUUGAGAUCUAUAUGUGGCUUGGAGUGACAAAGUAUGUGAAGAACUGCACUGCAGAGUUGCCUGAGGAAUUUAAACCUCUGUAUGAAAGUGGUCAGCAGACAGCAGCACGGCUUCCAGCACACAUACCACCCAGCCGGCUCACUAGGGAUGACUUCAACUAUUUCCAGCUACGAGCACAUUUAUACCAGGCACGGGGAAUCCUCCCUGCAGAUGACAAUGGCCUAUCAGAUCCAUUUGCAAGAGUGGUGUUUUCAACACAGUGCCAGACCACCCAGAUAUUGGAGGAGACAUUGAGCCCAAUGUGGAAUGAACUGCUUUUGUUUGACCAGCUUGUUACUGAUGGAAAGAGAGAAGACUUGAAAACUGAGACGCCAAUUGUUAUCAUCAAUAUAUUUGACUAUAAUAAAUUUGGUGCCCCAGAAUUCCUUGGCCGAGCCUUUGCCACUCCACUGGUGAAGCUGGUAGAUGAUCCAUACAGCAAACCUGCCCUCCAGUUUUUUGACAUUUACAAAGGACCCAGAGCAGCAGGGGAAUUAAUCGCCACCUUUGAACUGAUUGAACUGGAUUACAGUGGCUACUUAGAGCCUUCAGUGCCUGAGGAUGUGGAGCCCAAGGAGCCAGAUUACUUGGAUGACCCCCGUUCUGGACGGUUCAUCAUCCCUGAGGGAAUUCGACCAGUCCUUAAAGAGUUCCGCAUAGAGAUCCUUUUCUGGGGUCUGCGAGACCUAAAGCGUGUGAAUCUAUUUGAAGUGAAUCAGCCACAGGUGAUCAUUGAAUGUGCUGGGAAGAAAGUUGAAUCGGAAGUGAUUGCAUCAUAUAAGGAGAACCCAAACUUCAAUGAACUGGUCAAAUAUGUUAAUGUGGAGCUCCCAGAGCAAGUAUACCUUCACCCUCCACUCAGCAUCUUCGUGGUAGAAAAGCGAGCUUUUGGGCGCACUGUGCUGGUGGGAACCCACGUGGUAUCCCAUAUCAUGAAGUUUUCUCCCAAGGAGCUGGAGGAGCUGGAGGAAGGUCCAGAAAAUCUACCCAAACGGAAAUCCUCUGCUCAACCCAAAAUCUCCCAGGCUGUGAUAAACGUUGGCCUAGCUGCUACUGACAUGAGUAACAAAGCACACCCUCUCAACCUUGUGAAGGCUCCUCUGAAGAAAAUUCCUAUAAAUAAACUUAUAAAAAAAGAAGAUGAAUAUGAGGAAGAAAAGCCAGAGAUGGAAGAACUGGAUUGGUGGUCCAAGUACUAUGAGUCUUUAAAGGAAAUCAGUAACCAGUCCCACAGUGAUGAGGAAGAUGGUGACAAUGAGGACCCAAGUGAUGCAGAUGGAGGGCAUUUGAAUGAAGCUUCUAUUGAUGUGGAAAUAGAAGAGGAAGCAAUAUUUGAAGCUGAGCCCAUUCGGCCCAGAAGGAAACCCAUAGCCACACUACAGAUCUACAACUCAGAGCUGGAAAAUGAGUUUGAUAAUUUUGAAGACUGGCUAUAUAUAUUUCCUCUUCAUCGUGGGAAAGUGAAUGAAGAGGAGGAUGGAAAUGAGGAUGAGCACUUUGUGGGGAAGUAUAAGGGUUCAUUCUAUGUUUAUCCUGCUAAGGAAGCAGGUACUGAGCAUAAGAUCUCCCAGGGUGUUCCCAGAAAUAGACCCAUCAAGGUGCUUGUAAGAGUUUAUAUUGUUAAGGCUACUAACCUGUCUCCAGCAGACCCAAAUGGCAAGGCAGAUCCAUAUGUGGUAGUGACAGUUGGAGAAGAACAGAAGAACACAAAGGAACGAUACAUCCCUAAGCAGCUCAAUCCUGUUUUUGGAGAAGUUAUGGAAUUCAGCAUAUCCUUUCCAACGGAGUCAGAACUUACUGUUGCAAUAAUUGACCAUGAUUUGGUUGGCUCUGAUGAUUUGAUUGGGGAGACAAAGAUCGACUUGGAGAACCGGUUCUUCAGCAAACACAGAGCCAACUGUGGAGUGGCAUCACAGUAUGACAUAGAUGGCUAUAAUAUGUGGCGAGAUGCUUUCAAGCCCACACAAAUCUUGGAUAGUUUGUGCAAGAAGAAUGCUCUCCCCUCUGCAGAGUACAGAAGAGAGGAGGUCAAAGUGAACAAUAAGAUCUUCAAGGUCCCCCCUGAAGCUUUCCCUGAAGAAGCCUUUGUAAAAGACAGGAAAGAAGUGGAUGAUGAUAACUGGGCAGCAUAUGAUGAGCAUAAGGCUUUGUAUGUCCUGCAGCAUUGGGAUGAAAUGCCAGAAUAUGGGUACAAAUUAGUACCAGAACAUGUGGAAGUUCGGUCACUUCACAACCCAGAGAACCCUGGGCUUAUGCAGGGUUCACUCCACAUGUGGAUUGACAUGUUUCCAAAUGAUGUCCCAGCACCUCCCCCUGUCAACAUCAAGCCACGAUUGCCACUCAGUUAUGAGCUACGUGUUAUCAUUUGGAAUACAGAUGAUGUAGUUCUUGAUGAUGUCAAUCCAAUAACAGGAGAGACCUCCAGUGACAUCUAUGUGAAAAGCUGGAUCAAAGGGCUGGACCACAACAAACAGGAAACAGAUGUUCACUUUAACUCUCUGACUGGGGAAGGUAACUUCAACUGGAGGUUUGUCUUCCGCUUUGACUACCUCCCAACUGAGAAGGAGAUCACCUACAAGAAAAAGGACUCCAUCUUCUCCUUGGAGGAAUCAGAGUUCAGGGAGCCAGCUGUCCUUGUCCUUCAGGUUUGGGACUAUGACAGGAUUUCAGCUAACGAUUUUCUAGGGUCAAUUGAGUUGAAAUUGAAUGAUAUGGUGCGGGCAGCCAAGACCUCGGAGCAAUGCACUAUUAAGAUGGCCAAGGAAAAAGCCACUCCCCGCUUCUCCAUCUUUCGAAAUAAGCGGAUGAGAGGCUGGUGGCCUUUUAUUAAACUGAAAGAUCAAGAGGAUGAAGAGAGGGAGGAGAGAGAGGCCAAAGAGAAGAAGAAGAAGAAAAAAAAGUGGAACAAGUCGGUCAAGCCAGAAGACACUGAGUUUACAGACCCUAGUGGGAACAAGUACAUUUUGACGGGUAAGGUGGAAGCUGAGUUUCAGCUGCUGAUGGUGGAGGAGGCUGAUAAGAGCCCUGUUGGUUUGGGACGAAAAGAGCCUGAACCCCUGGAAAAGCCUAACCGCCCAAAAACAUCUUUCAAUUGGUUUGUGAAUCCCAUGAAGACCUUUGUCUUUUUCAUCUGGAAGCGGUACAAGAAGUACAUCAUCGCUUUAUUUAUUAUUGCCAUUCUGACCAUCUUCCUGGUCCUUUUAAUCUAUACCAUGCCUGGAUAUAUUAGUGAGAAGAUCAUCAAUGGCUAAGUGAUUUCAGAGAGUGGACUCUGCAGGGGGAGAUAGCAGUUGCUCUAGAAAUCAACUCUGUACAAAAGCAAGUCUACAAAUGUCUGGUGGAGCUUAGGGUUGCAUCUGGAGGGAGAGGAAUGGAGAAGGAACCAAUUUAGACCACUCAUGUUUAACAGCUGUGAUGUAACGUAAACAUAGCACUCUUCAGAGGAGAGUUAUCGUUAUUUCAAUAAAUACCUUAUUCUAUUUU